AUGUCAUUGAAUCUAAUUCGACCUGCGUGCGGAUCCUAUCUAAACCGCCGCAAAGGUCUCCUGUUCUUGGUGAUUGCGCUUGCCUUUCUCCUGUUUCAGCUUCUCCCAUCCUCCAAUCUCGCUCGGUCGCCCUCGGAUAUCAAGCCGGAAUUCCUCUGGCAUUCCCCCUAUCGCGAUAACCCGGAUGAGGACUACGAGGCUCGAAUCAGGAAUGCCCUGAAGUAUAUCGAGCAGGUGUCCCUGGAACAUGGAGAUAAUAAAGCUAUCCACAAAAUAUGGCAGGUCCUGCUGGGCACCGGCGAGAAUACAGACGGCCGGGGCCAGGAUUCGCAUGACUUUCAGGACAGAAAUAGCGAUUGGGACCAUGAGGUCCUCUCGAGCAAAUGGGCCCAGUGGUUUCUCGACGCAUUCCUGAACCUAGUGCCAGACCUGAGGUACUACUGGAAAGCAUACCCAGAUGAACACCUCCGCGCCGACCUGCUCCGGUACCUGGUGAUGUGGUAUCACGGCGGCUACUACGCAGACCUGGAUGUCGUCCCGGUCCUCCCCAUCCGAGACUGCCCGGCGCUGCAAGAGACAGUUGCCGUGAAAAACCCCAAGGCCCACAUCUCGCUGGUCGUGGGCAUUGAGACCGACGAGCCAUUCGCCACGCCCGAGAUGGGGGCUCAAUGGCAGGGGGCUCGGAAGUACGGGUUUGUCCAGUACAACCUGUAUGCGCCGCGACGGUUCAGUCCCCUGCUGCGCGAGGUGAUUGUGCGGGUGCUGUCGCAUACGAAACAACAUUUCAACCGACAGCGGUGGCUCUUUGGCGAGUUUUACGAUCAUUACACGCAGAAGAUGACGCAUGAGAUCACCGGUCCCGGCGUGUUCACCGACGCCAUUCUGGACGCGCUGUCGGAGAAUCUACCGUCGACUCACCCGCUGGUCGCUCAGUCGACGGAGGCCGAGCAGCAAUACACCAACAGUCCCCCGAAGCGGGUGACAUGGGCACCGUUCCAUGGACUGCAGGAGCCGGUCUGUGUGGACGACUCAGAAUCGGCGACCGGCAAGCAUACGGGCGGGCUGUGCGUGCUUCCGGCUAGUGUGUGGGGAGCCGGCCAGCGGGAUUCCAAUAGCCCGGACGCGUGUAUCGACCUUCGGCUGAGCGGCAACCGGCAGCAGGAUUGGAUUACGCGUCUGAUGGGCUGA